CCCCCCCCGACACAAGUCUUGGAUCACUACCUGCGUCGUCUUGAAAUCAGAAGGCCACCAACUGACCUGUCUACCGCUGUGAGGAACCUUUACACACGAGCUCCCUUGGAAAAACAACUGCGUUCCAUCGAGACAUUUGUUGACAGUCUUCACGAGGACUGUCAGACACGACGACGAUGUUCAAAAUGGCGUCAAUAAUGAAUUAAGAAUAUCUGGUGUUUGUGAGGCUGCGGUGGUGAUGGUCCUCAGCGGUGACUGUAUGUGUGUGUAUGUGUGUGAGUGUGUAUGUGUGAUUGGCUACUCCAGCCCGUAGAGGCAGAGGAAGUAACAGACCGUACUCAGACUGUACUCAAAUUCUCUAACUAAACCCAUAAGACUAGAAAAUUGUACUCAGGCCAUAAUAGUGUAACCUAACCUAGACCAGUGAAAGAUUUUUAGAUCAAGAUAAACAAAUAAACUAAGAGAUGGAAGACACGUAUGGGAUGAUGAUGAUGAGGAGGAGGAGGAAAUAAACAAGUAAGAGGAACACAAGAAUGAUAACUGAUAGUGAGAGAGAGAAGAGGAGCUACGAGAGAUGAUGACCAAGUGCUACGUCUGACGAUGUAUGAGCGACUCCUUCUGUGGCCACGGUAUUAGUUAGCUCAGGUCUGUGUGUGUGUGUGUGUGUGUUUUGCCUAGCCGUGAUCAUCAGUGCACGACGAGGAGGAAAAAAUUAAUAGGAGGUGAGAAUCUAUGAACUUUUAUUAUGAAAUUGCUGCUCCUGACGAUGUAAGAACUCCUGGUGGCCACAGUAUCACCCAGCUCCGUUCUUGGGGAGUGUAUGUAUGUGUGUCUCUUGACUCGGUAUUGAAAAACCUUACUCGUGAUUCUUAAACUUUAAACCGUUAAAAAGAAAGGGAGGCUGCUCACUCAUUCAAAACAAUUCUAAUGGAUAACUAAAACAUUUGACAGCAAUGUUCGUGAGUGUGAAACAAGAGACCUGCUAGAAAUUAUAGCAAACAGAUAUGUUAUGGAAAAGUUGUGAGGACUGGUAGAGACAACGAACCAGUAAACAAUGUAGAAAAAUUAUUACUCUGUGUUGUGAAUACGUAACUCUGGCUACUGACCAUCAAGCCACAGUAAGACUUCACAGGACUCAGUGAUGUGCCGUGGUAAUGAAUAACAGUGAUGGAUAUACUAAGAGAGUCCUGCGUGUGUGUGUAACGAGGACCUGGUGAGUCACCAAGGGGGCCAAGAGGUGCUCCUGUCUCCCCUUGUCACCAGACACAUGUACCAAGAAUUAUUUGGGUGACAUAUUACUGUAACUGAGCGUAGAGGAAAACUGUGUUAGUUAUAUAUGUGGCCAGUUACUUGUGAGGACCUGGUUACUUGUGAGAGGGACCUUCUGGUUACUUUUGUCAAGUGACUCGCACAGGAGUGUGUCCCUGUUCAUCCUCGUCAGCUGACUCACAUGUCAGGUGCCUGAGCCCGGCCACCACCCGUGUGACGUCGCUUUGAGUGAAGAGACAAGUGAGAAGUCGUUGAUAACAAGCGAACACAUCAUUUUGUAUUAUUCCUUUACUUCGGACUACUAACUGUCUGGUUAUUGUGACCACGAAAACCUUUCUCCUUCUUGAUAUAACGAUAAAACGUUUCCAAUAUGCAGAGUUUGUAGCGUCAACAGAGCUGCAUUAGUGCGAGUGUGCAACAAAUAUGAUAGAUAACAAAGAGAGAGUAAUGGAGGAGUUCAACCCUCUGACAGGACAAGGCAGUAGGGCGCCACAGUGUACUGACGCAAACAACAACACUCGACAGCGGAGAACGUCGUCGUUUACCGUAGAGAAGUACGGUCUCCGUCCUCGGUCUGUGGUGAGGAGACUACAGCUAGACCGAGGACGAGAAGGGCUGUCACAGAGAGAUACAAAAUCCUCGAAGUCGAGGCCGCCGCCGCUGUCCAAAUACCGCAGGAAGACCGCCAACGCCCGAGAGAGACACCGCAUGAAAGAGAUCAACGAUGCCUUUGAGACUCUCCGUCGUAUCCUACCAGACUUCUGUAGUCGUCGAGCAGCGGCGGCCAUGACCAAGAUCACCACACUGAGGCUCGCCGUCAGCUACAUCAGGGCGCUCUCACACAUCCUGCAGGACGGACACCCAGGCGAUAUCUCCUUCUUCGAUGACCUCCACUUCGAGGACGUCCCCAUAAGCGGUUCUCAGCUGACCUCGAUAUCUGGUAUGAACGGCAGUCAACCUCAGACCCACUUGGUGGAGAAAUGCCUCACUAUCUCACCUCUACCCUCUACCUCCUUCUCCCCCAUCAGUUGCUCCCUCAGCACAAGUAGCGACCUAAGCGACCUCCUCUCCGACGACUCGUGCUGUGUGUUUGAGGACAACCUUCACGCCUUUGACGACAUCCCAGCAUUGCCCGAGGCCGCCGACCCCUUCUCUCUCAUCCUGGCGCCUGACGGGGAGGCUCUCCUGCUGGGGUAGUGGACCAGAGGGACGAGUGUCACCACCUCCUGUCUUGCGGCCUACACCACCACCCUCCCAGAUUCACCCUGGAGGACUCCCGUGGAUCCUGAAGGACUCUCGUGGAUCCUGAAGGACUCUCGUGGAUCCUGAAGGACUCUCGUGGAAACUGAAGGACUCCAGUGGACCCUGAAGGACUCUCGUGGAUCCUGAAGGAUCAUCAAACGAUUUGACCCCCAUGGAACGUCAUACAAACAAGCACCCUAGUCCUUCACACAGCCAACCCCCACUAAGCCUCCCGUGUGGACAAGCCCUAACAGCCUUCACUUGCUAAUAUCCGAAAACCUGCAAAAGACGAAAGCAAAAAGUACUCCAUACUAUCAGUCCCAAAGGCCCUCACCGAGACUCUACUUGCAGGUCUCUACACGGUCGUGAACCAGUGAGGUGUGUAGCUGUGAGACAAUAAGGACCAAUUACGCUGGCGUCAGUCCGUCUUGUGGUUCGUCUCACCAAUGGUCACAAGUCAUCCAUCACGGACUGUGUCAGAGGGUGGGAGAUCAUCAACGAGUCCUGGAUCAACAGGUUCUCGAGUUCUCAAAUGAGUGGUGAAAAGUUUAGCGGGCGGGUACGGUAGGUCUUCUACAAGUGGCAUUAACCUGGUGGCCUCGUCCUGACUCAUACCACACUCGACACUGGUCAGUCUCCCGAGAACAGAGUCUUCAGCCUUAUCGAGGCUUCAAUAAGUGUUUUAGUCUGGUCAAAUAUAAUAGGUAUUUUAAGCGUACUUCAUAGUCUGUGGUAUUGGUGUCCGAGUGUGGUCAGGACUGAGGUUAAAGAUCAAAGUGACGGUAAUGUUGUCGUCUACAGUGAGAGGAAAUAAGCUUAGUACAAACUAGUAGAGAAACUAAUGCAUCUUAACCCUCGAGUGUGACAGACGCUGGAAUAAACAAAGCAUCAGUUCCCAGUACUUUACGGUCACCAUAUACACGUGAAAAUUACCUCUGUGUUUACGAGAAGCAAUGUUACAUGUGAGGAUCAGGAGGCUCACCACUGUAUCCAAACCAAGACUCGGUGAUCCUCUUGUACACGUGAACAACAGAAAAAUGUUCAAGUCCCGAUAAAGAUUCACCAGGUCCCUGAUACAUGUGAACAAAACUAUCCAUUAAUUAACAGAUAUCUGGUGCUGUGAAUCUGCCUCGUAGUGUCAUGGCCUCUUUGUUUACGAGAGAAAACUAAUACAACGUUUCCCUCCAUACCAAGAAACUGAAUACGCAUCAGUUUUGACCAGAGGGAAAGAACAUGCUUUAAUGAGGUGUUUGUUCAGUGGAUAUAUAUUUAUAAUAGAGAAUAAAAUGUACAUAGGACUAUAGUUUAUGGCAGGCAGAGUUAUCAGGUGUUGCAUUAUGUUAUACAGGAAACGUGGACAGGUGAAUGACUAUGACACUCGGACGGAGAAGGUAAAUAUGACGUAAUUAACAACAAAAGUCAUAGACGUGGGUCAUUAACAAUUAACCUCUGAUAAAAAAGGAAUCAAAACAACAUCUUCUCGUCUGAGGGAUGGCGACCACGGCCCGACACUCCAUAUGUUGUCAAGAACGUGUUUACCAAUCCUCCCUAUGUUGUAUCUCUCUAGGUACCACAACCUUUUUUUUUUUAAUUUCAUUCAUCCAUUUUCAGUUUCUGUCUUUCCCUGUUCCUCAUACUUUCAGAUUUACCCAUUAAUAUAUCUAUACAAAUUAUACAGUGUACAUAAUUUUUCACUUCUCCCAUGUAUUUUAUUUUUAACUCACUGUCAACAAAAAAAC